AUGAGAACUUACCAAGAAGAGGUGAUGAGAGUAAAAGAUGUAAGACUAAACACAAUGAGUGAAAUACUGCAAGGCAUUAAGGUCAUAAAGUUAUAUGGCUGGGAACCCAUGUUUAUCUCUAAAAUAAUGAACAUUAGAGACAAAGAGCUGAAGGUUUUACAGAAACAUUCAAUGUGUGACUGGAUCGACACUUUUGCCUACACAGGAGCAACGUUCUGGAUGGCUGGUUCUAUUGUUCGAAUUAACAAAUUUCUUCAGGCUGAAGAUUUUGACUCAACUGAAUACAACACUUUAGAUGAUCUCGCCAUAAGGAUAAACAAUGCUUCAUUUUCAUGGGAAAAGUCAGGCAUUAAGAUCCUUAGGAACAUCAAUUUAAAGAUUGAGCCUGGCAAGCUGGUGGCAGUGGUGGGGUCAGUCGGUGCUGGGAAAUCAUCUCUGCUGCUAGCUCUACUAGGAGAGAUGAACAGGACUUCAGGCAGCUCAAAUAUCAAUUCCUCUCUAGCAUAUGUACCACAGCAAGCUUGGAUCCAGAAUGCAACAGUGAGAGAGAACAUUACAUUUGGUCGGGAAUUUGAUCCAACUUUUUACACAACUGUCAUUGCUGCCUGUGCUUUGAACCAUGACCUGGAGAUUUUACCUGCUGGUGACCUGACAGAAAUUGGAGAGAAAGGAGUGAACUUGUCAGGUGGACAGAAGCAGAGAAUUUCUCUAGCAAGAGCUGUCUAUAGCCAGGCUGACAUCUACCUGUUUGAUGAUCCAUUGGGUGCAGUGGACAGCCAUGUGGGACAACACAUCUUCCAAAAUGUUAUCAGCAACACUGGACUUUUAAACAGGAAGACUCGUGUCCUAGUCACACAUGGAAUUCAUUUAUUGUCAGACGUGGACUUGGUUGUUGUUAUGCAUGAUGGUAAAAUUGUAGAUUCUGGGGGCCCAGAAAUUGUACAAUUUGGGAAGAAGUGUUUUAAAAACAAAACACAGUUUAAAUAUGAUGAUACCAACAUUGAAAAUCACCACGAUAGGGAUAAUUUUGGAAAUAUGUUUGAAAAAACUACCAGCAAGAAGAAAAGAUUGCAAAGCAUCAUUCAGAAUAAUUUUAGUGUGACUCUAAAAGAACAAGAAGACGGGUCUAUUGACAGGAGCAAACUCACCACGUUGGAAGAAACUCAAAUAGGAAAAGUCAAAUGGGAAGUUUAUUUGGAUAUCAUCAAAGGUUAUGGUGUGCCAUAUGUUUUACUGACAGCUGUUUUUAUAUGUGGCUUCCAUGUUGCCUAUAAUGCAGCAUACAUUACUUUGACAAUGUGGAUAGGGGAUAAUCAUUUAUUCAACAAUACAGAGUUACCAGAUCAAAGCAAGGAAAGAAAUGACUUAAAUAGACAUUAUAUUUUGUAUUAUCUAAGUUGGGGCUCUAUUCAGUCUUUAUGUGUUUUGAUAUACUCAGGGCUGUUCCAGUUCCGUCAUGUGACCACUUGUCGAUGGAUACAUGCAAAACUUAUAAAUUCAGUACUAAGAGCACCCAUGAGUUUUUUUGACACAACUCCCAUGGGGCGAAUUUUGAACAGGUUUAGUCAAGAUUUAGAUGUUCUAGACAGCGCAAUAUUUAUAAAUUUGGAAGUAUUUAUUGAGCACGUGAUGUUUGCUUUGGGAAUACAAUAUUAUAUCAGGACUUCAUGUCAGCUGAGGCGUAUCACAUCAAAAAAUCGCUCACCUGUAUUUGCCCACUUCAGCGAGACACUGUCUGGUCUGACUGUCAUCAGAGCACACAGGCAGCAGCUGAGGUUCAUACAAGACUCUCACAUGAAGGUCGACUUCUUUCAAAGACCUAUGAUGAUCAUGUAUGCAGCCAACAAGUGGAUGCAAACCCGUUUGGACAUUAUUACAUAUAUUUUAAUUGCUGGUGUUACCCUCUUUACAAUAUCAAACAGAGGAGAAGUGGCCCCAGGACUGAUCAGUUUGUCCAUCACUUUUAUAUUAAGUAUAACAAAUAACAUAGCAUUAAUAACAAGAAUGUCAAGUAACCUUGAAUCAAACAUUGUAUCUGUGGAAAGAAUUCAGGAAUAUUCACAGAUUAAAAAUGAGGCUCAUUGGACUUUGCCAGAUGACAGUAGAUUAUCAGGUGUGUGGCCACUGAAUGGAAAUAUAGAAUUUGUUAAUUAUAGUGCAAGAUACAGAGAAGGAUUAGAUUUUGUACUUCAAAAUAUCAAUGUUUCGAUAAAUGCUGGAGAAAAGAUAGGAAUUGUAGGAAGAACAGGGGCAGGUAAAUCUUCUAUGGUUCUUGCCCUUUUCCGUUUGAUUGAAGCAGCAAGUGGAUACAUUGUAUUAGAUGGUGUGGACAUUUCAAAGAUUGGGCUACACACACUUCGACAUGCUGUCACCAUACUGCCACAGGAUCCAGUACUUUUUGCUGGAAGUUUGCGCAUGAACCUUGACCCAUCCAAUGAAAAAUCUGACAUAGAACUCUGGGAUAGCUUAGAACAUGCCAACCUUAAAGACUUUGUUCAACAGUUGCCCAAUCAGCUGGAGUAUGAUGUGGGGGAGGGGGGAGAAAAUCUCAGUGUGGGACAGAAACAGCUGAUCUGCCUAGCCAGAACUCUACUGAGAAAGACAAAAAUUUUAGUUUUUGAUGAAGCAUCAGCUUCAGUGGACAUAGAGACAGAUGAUUUUAUUCAGAAAACUAUUAGGACUGCUUUCAGGGACUGUACAGUGAUCACCAUAGCCCACAGAAUUCAUACAGUCAUGGACUAUGACAGAAUUAUCGUGCUAGAACAAGGUAAAAUAAUAGAAGUGGAUUCUCCAGCUAAUUUACUACAGAACAGCUCAUCCAAGUUUUAUUCUCUGGCUCACAGUUAUGACACCGUUUGA